GGCAGCGAAUUAAGUCGCUCUCCUCCUCUUCUUCCUCCUCCGUGAGCGUCUUCUCCUCACACGGGCGAGGCCAGCGCGGCUUCGGGCCAAGGGCGCGCCGUCGCCGCCUCAGAGUGACGCUCCGGUCUGUGAUUGGCGAAAGCCCCCGGCUGGGUUUCCGGUGCGAUAAAGCAGCCCUGGGACGGGCGGUGGUUGGUUUCUAGGUGGCUGCUUGUCCGAGCCGGCAAGAUGAAGCGCAACGGCGAGAAGAUGGGCGGGCAACCUCGUGCCAACGGCUGCAGCCUCCCAGCCAACGGUUGCGGUCGGAAAAACGGUUACGUCCCAGGCUUCGCCGGGCCCGGGUCCCACGGCCAGAUUCAUCAUAUUACACAUAAUGGAGAUUUAUAUAACAGAUCUUUCAAUGAAACUUUUGAAGAAACACCAAUGCUGGUUGCUGUGCUGACUUAUGUAGGUUAUGGUGUGCUCACCCUUUUUGGGUAUCUUCGAGACUUUCUACGGCAAUGGAAACUUGAGAAAUGCCAUAAUGCAACUGAAAGAGAUGAACAGAAGGACUUUGUUCCUCUGUACCAAGAUUUUGAAAACUUCUACACAAGGAAUCUUUACAUGCGCAUCAGAGAUAACUGGAACAGACCGAUUUGCAGUGCUCCAGGAGCAAAAAUGGAUAUGUUGGAACAAGUUUCUCAUGACUACAAUUGGACAUUCAAGUAUACAGGAAAGAUAAUAAAAGAUGUAAUUAAUAUGGGAUCCUACAACUAUCUUGGAUUUGGAGAAAAUCAUGGUGCUUGCAAAUAUGCAGCGUCUAAGGUUAUCUCACAAUAUGGAUGUGGGAUUUGCAGUACUAGGCAAGAGAUGGGAAACCUGGAUAAACACGAGGAACUAGAAAGUUUAAUAGCCAGAUUUCUUGGUGUGGAAUCAGUUUUGGCAUAUGGGAUGGGAUUUGCCACAAACUCGAUGAAUAUUCCUGCUUUGGUUGGCAAGGGUUGUCUAAUAGUGAGUGAUGAGUUGAAUCAUGCAUCAUUGGUCCUAGGAGCAAGACUGUCAGGAGCAACAAUUCGGAUCUUUAAACACAAUAAUAUGCAAAGCCUGGAGAAGCUACUGAAAGAUGCCAUUGUAUAUGGGCAACCUCGCACACACAGGCCAUGGAAAAAAAUUCUCAUCGUUGUUGAAGGCAUCUACAGCAUGGAGGGAUCAAUAGUCCGACUGCCUGAAGUAAUUGCGCUUAAGAAAAAAUACAAAUCUUACCUCUACGUGGAUGAAGCUCAUAGUAUAGGAGCACUGGGUCCCAAUGGCCGGGGUGUAGUUGAGUAUUUUGGACUUAACCCUGAGGAUGUGGAUAUUAUGAUGGGGACAUUCUCUAAGAGCUUUGGAGCUGCUGGAGGAUACAUUGGAGGCAAGAAGGAGCUGAUUGAUUACCUUCGUGUCUACUCACACAGUACAGUGUAUGCCACAUCAUUUUCCCCUCCAGUUCUUCAACAAAUAAUUGCAUCAAUGAAGUGUAUUAUGGGCGAAGAUGGCACAACACUUGGCAAGAUGCGCAUACAACAGUUGGCAGACAACACCAGAUACUUCCGAAGACAACUUCAGAAAAUGGGAUUUAUAAUAUAUGGAAAUGAAGAUUCUCCUAUUGUACCUCUGAUGCUCUAUAUGCCAGCAAAAAUUGGGGCAUUUGGACGAGAGAUGUUGAAACGGAACAUAGGUGUCAUUGUAGUGGGCUUUCCUGCUACACCAAUCAUUGAAUCCAGAGCAAGAAUUUGUUUGUCUGCAUCUCAUAGCAGAGAGAUACUAGACAAUACUUUAAAGAUAAUCGAUGAAGUUGGAGACCUCUUGCAAUUGAAAUAUUCUCGUCAUCGAGUGGUACCUCUUCUUGACCGGCCUUUUGAUGAGACAACAUAUGAAGAGACAGAUGAUUAAACUCUUUUGAUGUCUUCUUUGAAUUGAGUAUGCUCCUUAGCAUUUUAUAUGGCUCAAAGACCACAGUUCUUGAAUGCAACACUUAAUGACUGCUCGCCAUAUACAGAAUGACUUUUUACUCACCAAACUGAAGUGGCCACAAGAGCUGUUAAAUUAUGUGUGGUAAAUGGCAAAAUAAAUCUGGAUUUUAUUCCCAUUGCUUCAAGAUCCAGCUAUAGGUGGGUGCCUGCCCUGCAUUUUUAAAAUGCUGCCUUAUUUAUGUUACAGUAAGAUCCCUUUGGCUUCUGUUGGCACAUCUGCAUUACUCAUCAUUCUGCCAUAGAGGCUUUGUUGGUGUUAGUAAAUACUGCAGGAUUUCUUUUACUUUCUCUUUACAAAUGUCUGACCUUCCUCAAAAUAUAUGAUUGGUCAAAUGAAUCAGUUAAGGUUUUUGAGGAGAUUGUUGACAGCUAAUUAACAUACAUUGAAUAGAAAGAAUAAACCUAAGUAUUUCCCUUCCCCAUUAUUUCAUGCUGUUGGGAGAGUGCCUUUUUAUUAGUAAAAUGAUGAUUGACAAACAAGUUUAAGGAAUAUUAUGUUCAUCAAUGCACAAAAGAAGUCUUCCAGAUCAUGGGCCACUUUGGGUUUUCAGGCUGAGUAUUAAGCUUUCUGCAUUUAAGUAAGUAGCAAAUAAUGCUUGAGAGCAGGAGAGAUUUUUAUGUGAGCAUUCUCUUUCUUGAAUGGAAUUACUCAUGCAUACUCUACUUGUUCAUAUUUACUUCAUGGAGAGUAUUACAAAAUUAUAUUCUUGUGAAUUCAGUUGAUGCGUUCCAUCAAGGAGUUUGUAUUUUCCCCAAUAUGGUAAAUAUUUGAUUAUCACAUCCUACAGAGUGAAGCCAUAAUAGUUACCAUAUAAAUUUAACAUAGCAAAUUAUCUUGGGCAAACUUCAUCAUAGAAUAAGCAUUGAAGUUUGAGUUCUGACAGAUUAUAUUAGAAUUUUCUGUAUGAAGCAUUUUCUAUAUAAAGUUCUGAAUUUCAAAUGCUGAUAUGAUAAUUUUAGAUUGACUGUUUAGAUCUCUGAUUAUGAAGAUGAUAAGAAUCUGAACUAAAAAUUAAGAGCCAAUUUUGUCUCUAUGAGCUUCACAUGAUAUUAUCAUUAAUCUUUUGGGGACCACUAAAAGAAUUAUGAUUUGAUGGAAAAAUAAUUUAUGUAUAUAAUUAUUUGUGGCAGCUGACAAAAUGAUGUUUUCUCAAUAAAAGUGUGUACAAAGCA